AAAUGGGGUCAAAGGUGAGACGGAAAAGGUCAUGUUUGCAGCCAGAGGUCAUCUGAGGCACACAACGAGUUGGCAGGGAAAAAAUGGAAGUGUCCUACAGACAGGCAGCUGUUUUCCUCAGGCACGCGGCGCUUCUGAGCAGAACGGUUCGUCCUACCAGGUGUCUCUGCAAUAACAGGAGUGUAAGCACAGUAAAGCUAGCAUGUGAUACGUACGGCAAGAGACCAGAUGGCAACUCAUCCCCGCUGGUCAUUCUACACGGGCUCUUCGGCUCCAAGCAGAACUGGCAUUCUAUAAGCAGGCUCUUGACGAGGAAAGUCGACAGAAAGAUUAUUGCCAUAGAUAUCCGUAACCAUGGUGAGAGCGAGCACACUGAUGUCAUGGACUACCCGUCUAUGGCGGCGGAUGUGGCAGCGACCAUGAAGGAGGAGGGGGUGGAGCGGGGCAUCCUGAUUGGCCACAGCAUGGGCGGAAAAAUCGCCAUGACCUUGGCACUUCAGCAGGCAGAACUCGUGGAGAAGUUGAUUGUCGUCGACACCACGCCAACCACGUCCGCGGGGAAGCAAGUCUUCCCCAAGAUCAUCGAGGGGAUGAAGAAUGUCAAGUUUCACACGGAGUGGACCUUGUCUAAAACACGCUCCGAGGCAGACAAGACACUUCUGAAGACCAUCCCUGACCUGGGUGUGCGCCAGUUCAUCCUGACCAAUCUGGUGGAGGAUGACAAUGGCUGGUUCAGCUGGCGCGUCAACAUCGACGCCAUCGAGAAGAACCUUGAGCAGAUCUGGAGCUUCCCUCAGUUCAAACACGUCAGUUACCAUGGCGACACGCUCUUCCUGGGUGGCAGCAAGUCCCCCUAUAUAAGUGAGUCUAGCUACCCUGAAAUCAAGAGGCUGUUCCCCAAGGCUCUGGUGACGCACAUCGAAGAUUCUGGCCACUGGGUCCACUCGGAGAAACCCAAGGAAUUCAUGGAGGCAGUCACCGACUUUAUCCGCAAGUGAAGCGCCACAAAACUUGUACAGUUUCCUCUCCACUUCCAGAGGCGUUCACAGCUGCAUCUACAUGGUUCCGAAAGUUCUAAGAGUUUCAGAAAGAAAGUUACUUCACUGUCUUGUAAUCUUUUGAGUGAUGGACUGUGUAUUACAUAGCUAGGUGAGCGUACACAAAUAAUGUGUAUGAACCUAUUGCCACGUUGUCUGAAAAAGGCAGUAACACUUUGAAACUCUGUCCUCUUUAGAAGAGAAGAAAGACUCCACAUUUGACUUUGAAUGUCCUACGCUUCUUUGAAGCUUGUCUCGCACUUGUAAGAUGUCCUAUCUUUAGAGAAUGUCUUGACCUAUUAAAGGAUAUAUGUAAGUCACUCCAGGUUCCAGAUAGAUUGUAGAUGUAGUGAGGUGUGUUUCUCCGGGGAAUUUGGCAAUGUUUUUGGCAAAUAUUUUAUAGUUUGGGAAUCAUGAUACUCAUGACAUACUGCCAUGCUACAGCCAAAUGUAGUCAUCAUCAGAUUUCUUUUCCAAGCUUUGCAAGAGGAUGUUUGGUGUAGACUGGGUUUAACAAGUUGAAGAUUAUGUAUUUCACCAAAUAGAUGAAACUAUAGCACAGUCAAACUGAUAUGUUUACAGACAUACCACGAAGGACCGAAAGGGAUGGAAGAAUUGCAUCAGGAUUUUUUUAUAAGAACAAAAUUGGCACAGGGCAGUAGAAAAGAAUUUCAGGAACAAUCUAAGAGAAAAUAAGAAACAUGUUAACACACAACUCUUCCUAACAUUUCUUCCUGCUCCUAAUGAAGUAUAAUGUAAAAAUAAGGUGUUCAUCUCAUUCAUUAGAUGGAGGGUUUGUCCAUGUGUUAGAUGAUACUGAUAUUUCUUAAGUAUUAUGGUCCAAGUAGGGUCAGCUAUUAAGAAAAAAGUUCUCUUGUUGAUGAUGUUCCAUUAAAUGAUUUUUGUUCAUUAAAUUUUUCAGACAAAUGUUACCUUUAAGGCUUUGAGUAAUUAAAACAUUCAUAGGCUUGAAAAUUGUAUGGAUACUAAUGAUUGUUGUAUUGCCAUUUUAUUAAUAAUUAGGGGCAGUUAACGAUCGUCUGGAGUGCCCUAAGCCACAUUCGAAAUGCUGUUGCCAAUGUGAUGUUAGACUAGCAAACUUAGUGUGAUUUUUGUCAGAAAAUAGGGCAACUUAGUGUUAAGCUAAUAAGUCAUAGACAGGGUAUAGAGGAGAGUAGAGUUAUAGAAUAGGUUAACCGUUAAUUUUAGAGUUUUUCUUAAAAGGAUAAAGAUGAUUCAUUGCAAGUGUUGGGUUCUGACUUCUUCAUUGUUCAGUAAUCAACAAACUUUGCAUAAAGCUCUGUUGUCUCGAAUUGAAAAUAUAGAACUUUCAGACAAACACCACCUUUGUUUGCGGAGUCUUGAAUGUGUUGAAGUACAAAUUGACUGAUAGAACAAGUGGGAAAAUGGAGACGAUUUUCUCAUGAAAUUCCAAUUGCAGGGUCACCAAAGAAAAUGUUAAUCACAAACAGCACCACCUAGCAGUUGGCUGUAGAAUUGCAUAAUUAUUUCCGAUGGCAGAAGUGACAUGUUCCCAGAAGCAUACUAGUAUAUGUACUGGUAUAGCCUGGUUACCAGACCUAUUAUAGCACCAGAGUCCUACAUCCUCUCUGCAAAUAUAUAGGCUAGUACAGGUAUGGAACAUUAAAACACAUCUAUUAGGCACAUUUCAAUUUUUUUUCAAACACCAGAAUAAUUUACUUCAAAUGAUUGUACAGUUUAUAAAUACAGGCAGUAUAUAUACAUUGGUAUUUACAUCAAGUCCUGUUAUAACUUGCAAUAUACAAAUCACACUGAUUUCUAUCUUAAGUCUUUGUUAAUCAUAAGAAACAAAAAACAAUGGUUGUCUUCUUCAUUACCUUGUUAACUAAAGGGACACAGACAUUAUACUUCAAAACUCGAUUUUUAAAAUACUUGCAUACUCUGAGGUGUAACCACAUAAAAUACUACUUUUGAGCAUCAGACAUUUCUUCAUGAAAACAGGCACACUUCUGUAAAACUGUCACACUUGCACAAAAUCACAUUUGUCAACUUUUUUUCUUCUUCUGUCACACUGUUUCCUUCACAAUGCAGCAAAAUGCUCAACGUUAAAGAACCGUAAUAAUUACAAAUGUCAACGAUUAACUAUUAUAGAAUGAUAAAAGUAUAGGCUUGCAUCACAAUAUAUCUUCAUUAGGAACACAGAGAAAGCAGAAAUCCCCUUAUCUGUCUUACACUGUAUCAAUGCCUCACAGUUGGAAGUUUGCUCACACCAUAUCAGUAGCCCUCUGCUUUCACUAAAACUACAUGAAUCUGAACACAGUAAUAUGUACAAGUUACUACAGAGGUCUUUAGAUCUCCAUAUCAAUAUAAUAUCCAUGUCAGCACCUAGGCAAUGCAUUGCAACAUCUUUAAAAACACACUCAACACUUAGUCUAGCACAACUGCCGAUUGAAACAACUGGCUUGUUCACGUAUUAUGUCUAGUAUCGGCAAGGGAUGGCUGAUAGAAAUAUUUUGAGGCAAGGGAGCUAA